AUGGAUUGUCGAAACGAAGACCACGAUGACCAUGGUCACGGCCAUGGCGGACAUGGACACGGCCAUGAUCACGAUCACGAUCACGUUCCUCCUCCAGACACAAAUGCAGUCCAGUCUCUGUAUCAGACUAUCAACCAUGACCACAUAGUCACCCUCAAUGAGAGUACUGUGGACUCUGGUAAAGAGGUUUUUAAGGAAUGGGAGAAGAGAUUGGAUGUUUCUAAGAUCCUGGAAUCUGAUGUAGACGAACAAUUGCUCAUUCACGUACCAUUCACAGGCCUGGUCCGACUUCAUUCACUGCUAAUUAGGACUACUAGUGACGACUACGCUCCAAAGACAAUUAAAUUAUUUAAAAACCGUGAGGAUCUGGACUUUUCUACUGCGUCGGAUCUGACUCCUACUGCUGCUUUCACACAUCCAUAUGGCGUUGGUGGCGACGAGUCAGUGGAGUUAGAAGCCAGCAGCAACCGGACCAUGGACGAAGAGGGCAUUGCCGAGUACGCAGUCAACCGGGCCCAUUUCUCGAACCUCACGAGCCUGACGCUUUUCAUUGAAGACAACCACGGCGAGGACACCACCAAAAUCCUCUACAUUGGACUCCGUGGCGAAUGGUCCAAAAUGUCCCGAGCUCCUGUCGUGACCAUGUACGAGGCAGCUGCCAAUCCCCGCGACCACAAAAACCUCGUCCCUGGCGAGCACUACGUAUCCGAGAACCCGUAG